UCACCUUUAUUAUGAGACGCCCGUUUCCCGUCGCGCGCGCAAUGUCCUGAGCUUCUUCAUCCGUACUCACUGCUGCCAGCCAAACGUCGUCGAUCGUUCUUUUCACAGUCUCUCGCUACAACUACUUUUAAGUGCUCUACUAUCGCACACGAAUAUUUCACGACCGCACUCUUCAAGUCCUCACACGUCAAACCGCCACAAUGAAGACUUCCAUGAUCAUCUUCUCCGGCCUCAGCGCCAUGGCUUUCGCCCAACAGAGCCCCGAGGAGAUCGCCGCAUCUGUCUCUGCUCAGGUUGCUUCUAUCGCAUCCGGUGUCAUCAGCGCUGCGAACGCGGCCACUCCAGACCCAAACUUCAGCCCAGAGGAGCUCGCAUCUUACAACUCGGCCGCCUACGCCGCAGCAACAUCCGCCAUCUUCGCCGUGUCUUCCUACGACGACGCACAGCGCUCCGCCGUGGUCGAGGCUCAAGCCUCCCUCUCCGCCCUUAUCGACAGCGCCCAAAGCGUCGCUGCAACUGCCACCGGUGAAGCCGCCGCUGACGCCUCCAAUGCUCUCUCGAGCAUCGCCGGUGCAAUCUCUUCGCAAGCUUCCGGUGCUUCUGCCGGCAUCACUAGCGCCGCCGGCGCCGCUUCCAGCUCAGCAUCGCGUGCCGCCAACUCUGCCACCCAGACCGACUCUUCUUCGUCUUCCGAGGCAGGUGCCCCAACCAACAUGCCAAUUGCUGCCGGAGCCGCGCUUGGUGCUAUCGGAAUGGUCGUUUUGGCUGCUUUGUAAGGGAAUGGCGAAUCUCUUUGACAUAACGGAAGUGUGGAGGAUUGAGAAGACACGAGAUGUUGGAAAAUUCGCGACUUGACAGGUCUACGAGGACAGCACUCUUGUCUUUCACAACAUAUCAGCUUGGAUACCCCCGAAAUCUAAUACAUAUCGGAACGACGCGACAGUCCCUAUCCUCAGGACCAGCGAGAGUCCAAAAGACGCCAGCACGGCAAUUUGCUUUCCCUAUCCUGUGGGCUUUCAGCAUUGUAUAAUGAGAAUGAUUCAUACGAAAAGCAACAUACUAGUUUCACCCAUUUUCGCUCCAAGCAUCAGCUCCCGCUUUUGACGUUCGCUUAUGCUUAUAUUCGCCAUGUGACA